AGAGGUCAAUCAUGGCGACGAUUAUAUUUUUUUCAAUGGAACCUCACAUGUCUUGUGAAAAGUGUUGAUUUUACUUGAAUAUGUAGUGAACAUUGAGUUAUUUAUUCAAUACUCAUCUGAUAGACAAUUAAAGUGAUCUAUUUAUGCAUUGCUUUUACUCAUCAUGUCCACAGCAAAUGAGGAUUUGGAAAAUAAAUGAUGACCUUCUAAUUCCUUUGCGCUGUUAAGUCAGUUGGUUUCAUUUUCAACCAUGACAUCGAAGAAAGAAGUUCGCAUUUUACUUGUCGGAGAUCCUGGUGUUGGGAAGACCUCUUUGAUACUAACUUUGGUGAGUGAAGAGUUUCCAGAUGAAGUUCCAGCAAAAGCUGAGGAAAUAACCAUACCAGCAGAUGUCACACCAGAGAGGGUUCCCACACAUAUAGUGGACUAUAGCUCACAAGAGCAAGAUGAAGAUGUUCUUCAAGAAGAAUUGUCAAAGUCCAAUGUGGUUUGCAUCAUAUACUCUGUGGAUGAUGAUGACUCUAUUGAAAGGAUCACCUCUUAUUGGUUGCCUUACAUUCGGAAUCACCUCGGGGAGGAUCAUAAGACUCCUGUUAUAUUGGUGGGAAACAAGUGUGAUCUGAUGGAUUUUAGCACAGAGGAGGUGAUGCGACCUAUAAUGAAUGAUUUUGCUGAAGUGGAAACUUGUGUAGAGUGUUCAGCCAAAACUCUAAAAAACAUCAGUGAGAUGUUUUACUAUGCUCAGAAGGCUGUACUACACCCAACAGCAGCUGUUUACAACUCAGAGGAAAAAGAGCUAACAUUGCAGUGCAAGAAAGCUCUCACUAGAAUAUUUAAGAUCUGUGAUUUAGAUAAUGACUCUAUUUUAAAUGAUGAUGAAGUGAACUUAUUUCAAUUAAAAUGUUUCCAUGCUCCCCUCCACGCCCAGUCACUGGAGGAUGUGAAGGCCAUAGUGAAAAGAAACAUUUCUGAUGGUGUAGUCAAUAAUGGUUUAUCUCUCAAAGGAUUUUUGUUUCUCCACACACUAUUUAUUCAAAGAGGCAGACAUGAGACUACGUGGACUGUGUUACGGGCCUUUGGUUAUGAUGACAACCUACAACUCACUAAAGAAUACUUAUCACCCAAGAUUCAUGUUGGUUUAGGAUGCACAACAGAAUUAUCUUUUCAAAGUCUACAGUUUCUUAAGAUUUUAUUCCAAAAAUACGAUGAGGACAAUGAUGGCCACUUGUCUCCGCCAGAGUUACAGAACUUGUUCAGUACCUGUCCCAUGAUGCCCUGGGGUCCAGAUGUUAACAACACAGUGUGUACCAAUCAUAAUGGCUGGAUAUCAUUACAUGGAUAUCUGGCUCAGUGGGAGUUAACUACACUUUUAGAUGUCCCAAGGACAAUAGAGUAUCUAGCCUAUUUAGGAUAUCGAUACCUUAAUGACAGCCAGUUAUCAGCUGUCACGGUGACAAGAGACAAGAAAAUCGACCUGGAAAAGAAACAGACCAGUAGGAAUGUGUUCAGGUGUCAUGUUUUAGGGGCCAAAGGAGUGGGAAAGACAUCUUUACUCCAAGGCCAUUUAAACAGGAAUCUUAGAUAUGUGGCUACUCUGAACAAAGAACACCUGUCAAGUUUCACUAUUAACACAGUACAGGUGUAUGGGCAGGAGAAAUACUUACUGCUACAUGAAGUAGAUGUGGCCGUUAGUGACAUGUUGAACCCUACAGAGAUGAACUGUGAUGUGGCAUGUCUAGUCUAUGAUGUCACCAACCCACGGACAUUUGAAUUUUGUGCCAGAAUGUACAUGAAACAUUUUCUGGACAGUCGUAUACCAACUCUUGUGGUGGCCUGUAAGACAGAACAUCCAGCCAUCAGACAGGACUAUAUCAUGACUCCAGCCCAGUUUUGUAAUAAGUACAAACUCCCCCCUCCCCAGAGUUUUACCUGUAUAGACAAGGUCAACAAGGAAGUGUACAUCAAACUAGCCACCAUGGCUGCAUACCCCAACCUGAAACGUUUGGUCCAUAUGCUGCUUGUUCAGCAGAACCCACUCUGGCUACAAGAAAGAUUAAGAUGUGGUGCUAUGCAUGUAAGAGAGAUUAUAUCUCGAGAUGAGAGAUUGUACCUGAAGAUUGGUCUAGUCACUGCAGUUUUAGCUGGGCUGGGAUUCCUAGUGUAUCGAAUGAACCGCUCCUCUAGUUAAUAAUCAACAUACAUCUCUAGUAUCUGCUGACGAUAGGCAUGUCAUAUUGAGAUGAUGAAUUGAUUAUACUCAUGAAAUGUGAUCAAGUUAAACUUUGAUAUUGAAAUACCUUAGUUACAAAGUACACUUAA